AUGAUCACACCGUCCGAGAACCCACGUGCCCCAUGGCGCGAUCUCCUUGACUCUCAUCUUGAACAAACACCUGGAUAUGAAUUCACAGUAGCAACAAUCGGCUACAAUGCUCAACAACGUCCUGUGCCUCGCCUGCGGACUUGCGGCUGUCGUGGUUUCUUCCCAGAGCUUGAGCUUCACCCUAAGGGCCAGGAAGCUAUGGAUCAGCAAGUGGAAGGCGGUGGUAAUCCACCCGUAUUCGAAAGCGAUCUGAUAUCAUUUACCACUGAUGCUCGAAUGGACAAGCUUCCUCAACUGGAGUCCUCGGGUCAUGCGAUUGAGGCCGUGUUCUGGCUGAAGGGUCUCAUGACUCAGUGGCGCAUCAAGGGGACGGCAUAUGCAAUUGGCAACCCAAGCGGAGAAGAUGCAGAAGAGAAGAUAUCUCGAACAGAGAUAAGAAAGGAAUUGAGGGCGAAGGGUGGUACUGACAGCGACAUUGCGAAGUGGACAUGGGAAAAGGCUGUCACAAAGUACUUUGCAAACCACUCUCCUAUUGCAAGAGGUUCUUUCCGAAACCCUCCCCCUGGACAACCUAGAUCCUCAACUCCCAGCCAACUAGAUCUCAAACUGGGUCAACAGGUUCUGGACCUCCAUGACCCUGUUGCACGGGCAAAUUUCCGAGUUGUCGUCAUUCGACCCGAGGAGGUUGAGCGUCUAGAUCUUACUGAUCAAGAGAACGGCAAAAGAUGGAACUGGACAUUGACUGACGGAAACGAUGGUUCCCGGUGGAAUGAGGUUGAGUUAUGGCCGUGA